UUUUCCUUCAUGACAGGCAAAGAGACGCUGUGGUUCUACGCGACUCUCAAGGGGAUCCGCCAAGCGAACAUGAAGCUGCUCAUCUACGAGUUCCUCAAGACCUUCAGAUUGCGCCACCUGGCCAACGUACCGACCAAGAACUAUGGGUACCGUGCUGAAUGAAUGACGUAUCUGUCUAAGAGGGAUGGGUGUCAUUUAUGUCCGCUACUCUCUCUCUCUCUCUCUCUCUCUCUCUCUCUCUCAAUGUUGCAUACCCCCGCCCCCAGAAUAUCUCUCAAUGUUGCACAGCCCCACCGUAUAUCUCUCAAUGUUGCAUACCCCCCAAAAUAUCUCUCAAUGUUGCAUACCCCCCCAGUAUAUCUCUCAAUGUUGCGUAACCCCCACUAUCUCUCUCAAUGUUACAUAGCCCCCAGUAUAUCCCUCAGUUUUGCAUAGCCAUAGCCCUCAUAUAUAUGUAGAAGUUGAAAAUGAUUCAAAGCCGGGGGGGGGGGGGGGGGCAUUCUAAGUUAGUCCCUGGUUCCCUGCUGCAAUGUGAAUCAUUCCUGUCUGUGCGUCACACUUUAAAAGAACUUCUCCAAUGCGUACGUGUCUGCCGUAUGUGUUCUGUACCAUGCAUAGCUUUUUUUUUUUUAAAUCAUUGCUUUACAGAGUAGCUGAAAAACGAAGACUGAGCUUGGCGACGGCCAUGAUAGGUAAUCCAGACAUUCUCGUCCUAGAUGACGCCUCUUCCGGUAUGGACGCUAAGAGCAUGGAGUUCUUCAAAGGCAUUCUAUCUUCUCUGAUUCGCCAGGGCAAAACUGUUGUCAUAACAUCAAAUAAGUAAUUUCUUUUGACUCACUUGUGCGUUGUCAUGGAUCUUUUUCUUUUUUUUAAUUUAAAGCAGGGGUUGCCAACAUUAGGCCACCAGGAGUCAUGUUGCGGCCCGAGGAGCAUGGUCAAAUGAGCAUACAUGUUAACUUUAUUGUACAUAAUACCAAAAGAGCAUUACAUCAUGAGUCAUUCGUAUCAUAUAUUUUUUAAUCAUUGCUUAGAGAAAUUUGAAAUACCUCGCAUUUUUUUAAAAAUUAAUUGAUUUUGAGCUAUUUUAAAUACCUCUCUAUUUGACACUCGAGGUUAGUGUUGAUAAAAUUUAAUUGCGAAACUUCAGGUUCUGAUAUAUAUGUUGUGUGGUCUUCGGGAAGGUCGCAUUGCUAUCUCAUAACUACUUUCAGUCUAGCUUGACAAAGUUCUGUUAUAUUCUGCAGUUUCGUUCUAUUUCGGCCACCGCGUCUUAAGCGAUUUUGGGAUCGACGUUAAACCACAUGAUUAUCAUAUAAGAGUUGAUACGCAACGAAUCUGUUUCGGUUUUGAAAGAGUAUUAACAUCAAACGGCACUAACAGAACUAAACAUACAACAUAAGUUUGAUAAGUGCAAAGGGCAAUUUCGACAAGACCAGUUAAAAUGCCUUUUUUUUUUUGUUUUAAAAAUCUGCACAACAAAAGAUAUUUACUAGAGCAGUUUCAGAAUUAACUUACAAUGUAAAAGUUAGUUAUGCAGUAGCCAUGAUACUAGCAAAAAAAUCGAAGUCAUGUUCAGAUGGUGAAAUGGUUGAAGAAUGUUUGGAGAGCGUCGUUGAAAUUCUGUGUCCAGAAAAGAAGGAUUUCUCAUAGUAAGUCUGCAUCGUCGGACUAAUAUUAGGCGUGUGGACGACAUUGGAAAACAUAUUGAAGACAAUUUUAAAAAGUCGAGCAUCCGAGUUUCUAUUUUAAGCUCUAGCAUUGGAUGAAAGCACGGAUAUGGCAGGUACUGACCAACUCUAGCAUUGGAUGAAAGCACAGAUAUGGCAGGUACUGACCAACUCUAGCAUUGGAUGAAAGAACAGAUGUGGCAGAUACUGACCAACUCUAGCAUUGGAUGAAAGCACAGUUAUGGCAGGUACUGACCAACUCUAGCAUUCGAUGAAAGCACAGUUAUGGCAGGUACUGACCAACUCUAGCAUUGGAUGAAAGCACAUAUAUGGCAGAUACUGCCCAACUCUAGCAUUGGAUGAAAGCACAGAUAAGACAGGUACUGACCAAGUCUAGCAUUGGAAGAAAGUACAGAUAUGGCAGGUACUGCCCAUUUCUAGCAUUGGAUGAAAGCACAGAUAUGGCAGGUACUGACCAACUCUAGCAUUGGACGAAAGCACAGAUUUGGCAGGUACUGACCAACUCUAGCAUUGGUUGUCAAAAUAAUGAUCUUCAUUAAGUCGAACGUGUUGAAUGACCGUCAGUUCCGACAAUUUCUAAAGUCUUUGGACUCAGAUUAUAAUGAUGUUACAUUUUAUGCAAAAGUAAGGUGGCUGACCCGAGCAAAUAUCUUGAAAAGAGUGUUUGAUUUGAAGCAAGCAAUAUAUUCAUUAUUUGCAAGUAAUUCAAUAACUAUCUCCAAGUUUGAAGACAGAGAGUGGGUUGGCGACUUUGCAUUUCUGGUCGAUAUAACUAGCGACCUAAAUUACGUCAAUACUCGUCUACAAGGGAAAGAUCUAUUAAUUAAUAAGAUAUAUCAUCAUAUGUCUGCAUUUCAAAUGAAAUUUGGUCUUUGGGAAUAACAGUUGAGGACAAAGAACUUUACUGACUUCCCUACAUUGUCAUUGCAACCAGACGUCACACAAGGAGGCUGCAAAUAAAUGCGCUUCUUUGAUAUUUGACUUUAGCCUCGAAUUUGAAAACUGAUUUCAUGUGCUUUUUUGUGCAUUUCCAACGUCAUUCACGGCAGACGUGAAUUUAUUACCAGGAAGAUUACAAAAUGGAACAUGGUGAAAUGUGUUGUGAUAGACAAUUAAAGGAAAAAUUCCACCAAUCGGUGUGGAAGAGUUCUAUAAAACAUAUUUGGGCUAUAAAUAUCCUACGUUCCACAAACUUACCCUGUCGAUGGUUUCGCUAUUGGGAAAGACUUAUGCGUGUGAACAACUUUUUGGUCAUAUGAAGCUCAUCAAAUCACCAUAAAGAACACGAAUUGAUGAUGUUCAUUUGGAAAACUGUUUGCGUGUAGCGACAACAUCAGUCGAUAUCAAUUUUGAUGCACUUAAUGCUGCAAAACUAAGCCAGAUGUCUCACUUUUCAAUAUUUUAAAAUUGUCUAUUAAAUAUGUUUGAUUUUCAGUUAUAUUUUAUUUUCCUCAAAAAAAUAAAUAUACUUAUUUCUUAGUUGCGUGGCCCGCAGGAAAUAUCAUUUCUGAACUUUGGUCCACCUCCUUAAAAGGUUGGCCACCCCUGUUUUAAAGUAUCUUUUCUCCGGGGACGUCCCCAAUCCCGUUAAUUUGAUUUUUCUUUCACCAUUUAAGACCCUGCCAUUUAAGACCCUCCCAUUUUAUAAAACUCACGUUAUUACAAAUUACAACAUUUUAUUUUGUUGUAAAUUUCUCAAAAUUUUGGUCUGAUUAUUUAUUUUGACUAUAAAAUAUGUGUCUAAAAAUUCCUGUUUGUGAAAAAAAUUAUACUGACCUCAAACCCAAUAUUUACUUCUAACCAUUUGUCUCUUCAUUUCUAAUUUUAAUUGUGCUGUGUUGUUGUUGUUUUUUUUGUUGUUUUUUUUUUUGUUUUUUUGUUUGUUUGUUGUUGUGUUUUUUUUUUGUUUGCGACCCGCUAAUUUGAUUUUAUCACUGAUUUCAGCAUUGAAGAGUACUCCUCCAUUGCCAACAGAGUCGCG